CUUGCACACCCAGAUUUAAAUGGAGACAAACUAUCAACCAGUGAAGAGGGACAGCCACUCUACAGUAAAGGUAGGAGACUGCCUCUACAUGUGGGGAGGGUAUCUGCCUGAUAGUGCUACUGGGACUGAAAAGAAACCAGUCCUAUCCGUUGUUGAGACUUAUCAUUUAAAAAGAGGAAGAUGGGAGCAAAAUCCCACCACAGGCAGCCCUCCACCGGGUAUUAAAGGCUAUGCAGCUGCAGCUGCUGGAAAUAAAAUUUUCUUUUUCGGAGGAUUUUACGGCCACCCUAAUUGUUAUUGUAAUACCUUAACUAGUUUGAACGUCGAUGAUCUCAACUGGAAAGAAAUUUCGUCAAAUACGUCUCAUCAUGGCCCUAUGAUGAAGUCCUACUCUGGGAUGGUAGCAUUGCAACUAGAUAAUGAAGACUAUCUUGCUUUAUUUGGCGGAGUUGGACCAUCGUCUGAUAACACCCCUCCUCAACCUGGUGCUAAGUACAGCAGUAGUGAUCAAGGUUUGAUUCGUAGCAAUGAGAUUCAUUAUUAUAGACUAUUAACAGAUGAAUGGUUAUCACCUUCUGUAAUUGGAGACAGACCACCUCCAAUUGAUGACUUCACAUUAACCUCGAUCACUAAGAACAGUGCUGUGUUUUUUGGUAGCAUCACUACGAAUGGGUCCAGCAAUAAGUUAUAUUUUAUUGAUUUUACUACAACGUCAGUGAUUCUUUCUGAAUUACCAAAACCUGGAAGAACUGCCCAAUGGCCUAACAAAAGGUGUUCACAUUCAAGCAUAAUUGUUAAUAACGAAUCAGGACCACAUCUACUAGUAAUGGGUGGAUCUCUACGCAAUGAUUGCUGGCUACUUGACUUAAGCAAAAGAGUAUGGAAGCAAAUGUUUAAUCUACCAGACAUUAUUACUAAGAGGUUUUGGCAUUCUCUUUCAGUGUGGAAUGUAACUCCUACUACAAACUGGAUAAUUGAAUUUGGAGGAAUAAAAGGACAACUGACUCUCAGUGAUACAAGAGUUAUGGAACUCAGAUAUGUCAAUAGUGAAUGGUCUAUUAGUGAAAUAUCACUUGACCAGUAUCAGAUUAAACUACUGGAAAGAGUCUUGAGUGAUAGAGAAAGGGAAAGGGAGUUUUAUCUUGAAAAACUUCAAGAAGUAAUAAAAGAUAAAGCAGAGACAGAAAAAAAUCUACAAGAUAUGUUAUUAAAAUAUGAAACUCAAAAGCCUCUCACUCAGCAAGAGUUUGAAGAAGUGACCACUCUUCGUCAACAAUUAGAUAAAGCUCAAGCAUCUCUUGAAGAGCAUAUUGAACAGCUUGAAAGCGAAAGGAAAGCUAAAGCAAUUUUUGAGGAAGAUUUCAAAAAGCUUGAAAAGAUUAAAGCAUCUCUUGAAGAACAUAAUGAGCAACUUCAAAAAGAGCUAAAAGAUCAGCGACUGUCAUAUUCUAGUUUGGUGAAAAAAUCAAUCAAGUACGAAGAAAAAGAUGCAUCAGUUCAAUGUGAUAUUUUUCCUCAUUCAGAUUUACUGCACCACAAUUUCAUUGUAGUUCAAGAGAUCGUCUUUCGAGAUAUCCCUCAAUCAUUCCACUGGAAGAAGUAUGGAUUUAGACUACAUUGUCCUCAAGGAGCUGUGCCCAAUAAUACUGAAGUAGCUGUUACUGCAAUAGCUGGUGGUAACUUUAAGGUACCCAAAGGCACCAUGCUAGUCAGUGCAGUAUAUGCAAUAUCAGUAUCUAAGCCGUUAUUAAAACCUCUGGUAAUAGAGUUACAACAUUGUGUAGAUUUAAGGACUAAAGCUCAGACUGGUUGCCUCAAGUUUGUACGAGCUCCUUUGAAGUACCCUUACCAGUUCCGUCCUGUUAAAGGAGGAUACUUUAGUGUAGGAAAGAGAUACGGAUCAGUAAAACGUAGCAAGUUCUGUCUCAUUGCUAUUGUAGCUGAAAUGACUAAUGGAGACACCCCUAGUGACAGUGAUGAUGAUUAUAAUACACCACCUGAAGGGUCGGAUGAUGAAGAUGGUGGUACUGCUACUGAUCAUAGUCAAGUGGUAGGAGAAGCUAAUAUGAGCACAAGUGAAGAUAUUACAGAGGAAGCUAAUUCACAAUCUAAAAGUACUUUGAGUAUAUCAUCUUUUGAAGAUCAAGUGAAAAUAAAAGAAGAUAUAGACAGAGUUACUCAGCUUACUCUUAGUGAUGUACAGUACAUUGGAAUGAUGUAUCAUGAAGAGAAAAAGAUUAAUCACUGGAAAAGUAUGUACACUGUUGUUCAAGACUUGGAUGUUCUUUUAGAGUAUAUAAAGAGUAAUUAUUGUAAAGCAGAAAAGGAUAGUCCUGACAGCUUUAAAUUUGUUCAGCCAGAUGGUUUCAUUGAAUUAUGUAUAAAGACUCCAAGAGAAGAUAUGGGAUGGACUGUACAUCCUUCUAAAGAUCCAAUGAUACUGUAUCAGUCAGAUGUGGACAAGUUAAUACCCAUGCUUUCUAGUCUUGAUAUAUCAGUGUAUGCAGAAACUGGCAUUGCAAAGAAGCCACUUCAUUGCCCUGUUGGAUUAAUUGGAAUAGUUCCCUCAAAGACUAUUUUCAUAAACAGACCUUGUCCUAUUGUAUUGGCUAUAACAAGCUCAGAUUUAUCAAGUCAAAUUGAGAGAGAAGCCUCUAAAAAUGACUACAGACCAGAUAUAGCUUAUCAGGUGGUGGUAGAGUGUACUGGGUAGAUAAAGGAACUUCUCAGCUUAAAUUCAUUGUUGGAUAAAUCAGUUGAAAUGAGAAUCAUAAAUGACAGAGAGAAAAUGCGAAUUCUUGAUGAAAGCAGCUGUGAUAAAAUGGAAGAACUUCUUUUUAUAAUUAAAGCUUCUAUUAAAGAAGAUGGGAAUGACUUUGGUUUUUUAAUAAAAAUGAUUCAAGAAGAGAAUACUACGAGAGCUGAUAAACUUGUGGAUAUACUAUUAAAAAAAUAUACUGAAUUAGCUGGUAAUUGUUAAGUAAAUGCAUAAGUAUCUAGUCAUUGAGCAGCAACACAAAAACUGAUUCUAUAUUGUAUUUUGUAACUGAAACUAUAACUUAUACACCAUUUUCAAUUUGCUUGCUCAUAAACCAAACAAAAGUUAA